CAGCCUAUCCGCAGCAUUGGGAUAUUCCUCGCGCUCACUCUCUGGUCACGAAACUCCAAUCAAACGGAUUUAAAAGCGGUGAAGGCAAUUCUGUUGGGAAAUUGUUGAACAUUUGUUUUCCGAGAACAGUGGUGAAUAUGAACUCAAUGUCAUCAUCCUGCCGAAGAGAUAUCAUGGAACAAUGGUUCUUCUUUUAGAGUACUUUUAUUCUGCCCCACUCGGUUUAGGAAGACUUUGGUGAAUGUGUUUCGUUUUCAACGGUUUCUUCGGAUUAUAUAGAUACCUGUAUAUCUAUCUGCAAUCUGGAUUUAGAAAAACACCGCGGACUAUUCCGUUGACAGGGUGGACAUCACCAUUGACUGGAAUUAUUCAUCCCUAUCUGUAAUGCCUCUCUCAGUGAUGGGGUUCCUGACCUUCAAAGCCCAGUGAUGCUAGCCAUGAAUCACUACAACCUCUCCGGGCCCCCGGGGGCCCUCGACCUCCUCUCCAACCUCAGCCAGUGGGACACGGAGAUGGUAGGUAGGCCAGAUAUUAGAGAAGUGGAACAGUAACCGGAAGGUUACUGGUUAAAGUCCCGGGGGCCAGAACUAGCUAAUGGAGGGAGGCCGGUUUCACUUCUGUGUGUGUGUGUAUGUGUGAUGUCCGGUGGUCUGGAUAAAAUAAGACAGCACAAAGACACAGUUCAGAUUGUGAUUGGACAUAAAGUUGUAUUGCAUAUUGCAUAUUGUAUAGGUGGAAAUGGAGAGUCUGGCUCACCAGGGAACCUCACCUCGGACAGGCCUAUGUCCGGAGGCCCGAUCGCAGCCGCUCUCUCCAUGACCCUGGGCGUCAUCUCCAACAUCGUGGCCUUGUUCAUCCUGGCCAACGCCUACUCCCACCAGCGCCGACGCUCCAAAGCCACCUUCCUCCUCUUCGCCAGCUCCCUGGUACUCACAGACUUUUUUGGGCACAUCAUCCCGGGUGCGCUGGUCCUCCGGCUUUACCUCUCCGGAGGGGUGUUCCCCGAGGCGGUCGCCGAUUCCUCAAACGGCUCGACCGACCCCAUGUGCCAGUUCCUGGGUGGAUCUAUGGUGUUCUUCGGCCUGUGCCCGCUGUUCCUGGGCUGUGCGAUGGCCGCCGAGCGCUGUCUGGGUGUCACGCAGCCACUGCUCCACUCCUCCUUAGUUACCACCACCCGUACCAAGCUGUCCCUCUCUGGUAUCUGGCUGGUGGCCCUCUGCGUGGCCCUGCUGCCCUGUUUCCAGCUGGGGUCAUACACCUACCAGCACCCCAACAGCUGGUGUUUUAUCAAGGUCUUAGCUAACGACACCCAGGAAGCGGACGUAGCCUUUGUUACGCUCUUCUCCGGGCUGGGCCUGACGUCGCUGGGGGUGGCCCUGGUGUGUAACACCAUCAGCGGGCUGACCCUGGUUCUGGCCAGGCUGAGACGGAGGCCAUCGGGCUACUCAUCGUCCCACAGCCACCGCUCAGUGGCCAAGAGCCAUGAUAUAGAGAUGGUGGUGCAGCUGGUGGGCAUCAUGGUCACGUCCUGUAUCUGCUGGAGCCCUCUGCUGAUCUUCGGGCUCAUGUCGGUGAUGCGCUCCUAUAGGGGCUCCAUUGAUAAAGCUGACAUGGCCACCUACGAGACGUUGAAUUUGAUGGGCGUGAGGCUGGCUUCCUGGAACCAGAUCCUGGACCCCUGGGUCUAUAUACUGCUGCGUCGGGCUGUCCUCCGCAAGAUCUACCUCAUCACCAAGUGCCAGGCCGAUUUGAACGGGAGUGUGCUCCGACGCUGGGAGGGGAACUCGUUUCAGAGCAAGAGCUCGGAGAACAGUCCCGUUAACAGGAUAUGAGAUCAUAACCAAGCGCCAGGCCAAUUUGAAGGGGAGUGUGCUGCUACGCUGGGAGUGGAACCCCUUUCAGAGUAAAAGCUUGGAGAAGAAUACAGUCAACAGUAUAUGACUGUGUGACCGACGGUGUUCGAGUGAAUGCCAGAAGAAGACUGCAUUAGCCCACUAAGCUAAAGCCUAGUAUUGACCAGGGAGCCAAAGCAACUCUUUAGGUCUCAGGCAAGGUUACUCAUCAUGCAGCGGCGUGGUCCUUGGUACUUGUGGUGGUCACCGACAGAAAAAGAGGACAUUUCUGUUAUCCCGUAUAGUGAAGGAUAUGAUGCUCUGAAAAAUGAGGAUUCCAUGUUCUUCAGCCAUGGCAGUAUCUCUCAAUCUUCUUUAUCACAGUGACUGGCAAGCUAAGAUCAUCCUCCUUUGGAUAUCUCUUAAAUUAAAACUAGGAAUUGAGUACGGACAUACCUGGUGUCCGAGUACGGUCUAUUGGACCAGUCAGUCUGCAUUACCCCACAGACAGAAAGUUGAGAAACACAAUACCCCACAGAUGGAGAGUUGAGAAACACACUACCCCACAGAUGGAGAGUUGAGAAACACAAUACCCCACAGAUGGAGAGUUGAGAAACACAAUACCCCACAGAUGGAGAGUUGGGAAACACAAUACCCCACAGAUGGAGAGUUGAGAAACACAAUACCCCACAGAUGGAGAGUUGAGAAACACAAUACCCCACAGAUGGAGAGUUGAGAAACACACUCGCAUAGUGAGUAGGUCAAAGGCUUGAAGCGUAUGAAGAUGUGCAGCUAUAUCAGCACAGAGGUUCAUCUGAGAGAUCAGAAGUUCAAAGCCUAGCUACAUAUCUUCAUGAAUAGAAUGUAACGCAGAAGAAUAUCACAAUUCAUUCAACAUAUUGGAUCUCAUUUGUGGAACGUUGAUUAUUCUGAAGUCUGUUGGUUAAGGUUUAACAAUGACAUUUUAACAUCAUCGAUGUAUAACGAUUCCAGAACGACUCCAAAAGAAACGGAGUUGUAUGCCAUGUAAAUGUUAUGCUAAGAUUAAGAUUGCUUGUUAAGUAAAGGGAGAACUACGAUUUUUUCCUGAGCUUCUGAUGUAUAAAAAUGCUACUUCACGUCAAAUAUUGAACAAGUUAUAAAUAUUUAUUGCUUUUCCUCAAUUCUCUGGGGACGUGUAAAGAAGUUAUGGAACGUAAUUGAAUGUGAUGAAAUAAAGAAGAAUGU